AUGGCUGAAUGCUUAGCGUGCCUAGAAAGGUGUAGACUUGCUUUGGAUAGGGGUGAUCAGCUGGUGUCUUUCAAGUCUAACUGCCUUGAAGCCGUUAAAAGUCUUGUAGCUGAACUUGGAUUCGCAGAACCGCAAAUGAGGCGGCUAAUCACUUGGCAGAGCUUGCUAAGUCCAGGAUGUGCAACGAAGUUUAGGCCUAUAGACCUCUAUCCUCUCUCACAUUCAUCUUGA